AUGAAUGAACAAUCAGACAAAAGCAGUUCUACUCACGAGGGACACACAGGUCAAAGUUCUCCUGAGAAAAACUGUCAGAUUGGACAAAAGCAACUGCAACAGAUAGAGCGGCAGUUAAAAUGCUUGGCGUUUCAAAACCCCGGACCACAGGUAGCCGACUUUAAUCCUGAAACGAGGCAGCAGAAAAAGAAAGCUCGGAUGUCAAAGAUGAAUGAGUAUUUUUCUGUAAAAUACAAAGUUAGGAAGAAGUAUGACAAGAGUGGUAGGCUAAUCUGUAAUGACGCUGAUCUGUGUGACUGCCUGGAGAAGAACUGUCUGGGGUGCUUCUACCCUUGCCCCAAGUGCAACUCCAACAAGUGCGGGCCCGAGUGCCGUUGCAACCGACGCUGGGUCUACGAUGCCAUUGUCACCGAAUCCGGGGAGGUCAUCAGCUCGCUGCCCUAUCCGGUCCCUGACUAG